AUGGGUAACUUUAUCAGUUGGUUGGAGAAGAAUCUCCCCGACCCGAAUCAGGGUGAUGCGCGAGGAACCCAGCCCCAGUCCCUUUCGGGCAUGGUGUCUACCCUCGUCCCCGUCCUUAUCACGACGGCGGUUUACAUCGUAAUCUUUCUGUUUUUCAGAAAGUCUAACCGACGCUUCUAUGCGCCAAGAACAUACCUAGGCUCCUUGCGAGAACAGGAACGGAGUCCAGAACUACCCACCGGUUUGUUCAACUGGUUUGCUGCUUUCUGGAAGAUCCCCGAUUCCUACGCUCUGCAGCAUCAGAGUCUCGAUUCCUACCUGUUCAUCCGCUUCCUGCGAAUCUGCUGCACCAUCUGCUUUGUGAGCCUGUGCAUCACUUGGCCCAUCCUCUUCCCCAUCAACGCCACCGGCGGCAAUGGAAAGAAGCAGCUCGAGAUUCUCGGUUGGUCCAACAUCAACAUUUCGGAUUCAACCCAGAGGAACCGCCUCUAUGCCCACUGCUUUGUCGCUUGGAUCGUCUACGGCUUCGUCAUUUACACCAUUCUUCGCGAGUGUAUCUUUUACAUCAACGUCCGCCAGGCUUUCCUCCUCACCCCGCAGUAUGCUAAGCGCAUCUCGUCCCGAACCGUCCUCUUCACAUCAGUUCCCGAGGAGUACCUCGACGAGGCCCGCAUUCGCACCCUCUUCAACGACUCGGUCAAGCACGUUUGGUUCCCAGGCGACACCAAGGAGCUGGACGAGAUUAUCAAGGAGCGUGAUGAGACCGCCAUGAAGCUGGAGAAGGGAGAGGUCAAGCUUCUCAAGCUGGUCAACAAGGAGCGCAUCAACCUCUUGAAGAAGUCGGGUGCCGACGCUGAGAAGGCUGCCUCCGCUCCCUCGGACCCCGAGUCUGGAAACCUUGCUGCCCGCUGGAUCCCCAACAAGAAGCGCCCUACUCACCGUCUUGGACCCCUUGGUCUCAUUGGCAAGAAGGUCGACACUAUCGAAUGGGGCCGCGAGGAGCUUAGCAAGCUGAUUCCCAAGGCCGACAAUGCUCAGGCUGAGUGGCUCUCUGGAAACUACCAGAAGCACAAUGCUGUCUUUGUCGAGUUCUUCACCCAGUCCGAUGCCCAGGCCGCUUUCCAGACCACCACUCACCACCAUGCCCUUCACAUGGCACCCCGAUACAUUGGAGUGAAGCCAGAGGAGGUUGUCUGGAAGAGUCUAUCCAUUCCCUGGUGGCAGCUCUUUAUCCGUCGCUAUGCCGUCUACGCCAUCAUCGGCGCUCUCAUUGUCUUCUGGGCCAUCCCUGUUGCCAUCGUGGGUAUCAUUGCUCAGGUUGAUACUAUCAAGGCGCUUCCUGGCCUGACCUGGAUCGGGGACAUUCCCAGCUGGCUCCUUGGUGUCAUUUCUGGUCUUCUCCCAUCUAUUGCCCUCUCGAUCCUCAUGUCUCUGGUUCCCGUCUUCAUGCGCGUGUGUGCCAAGCUGGCUGGCUGCGUUUCUCUCUCUCAGACUGAGCUGUUCACGCAGAACGCCUACUUCUGCUUCCAGGUCCUGCAGGUGUUCCUUGUUCGCACACUUGCCGACAGUGCCGUCGCUUCCAUUGCCACCAUCGUCAAGGAUCCCAGCCAAGUCUUCACCAUGCUCUCGAGCUCGAUCCCCACGUCGUCCAACUUCUACAUCUCGUACUUCAUCGUGCAAGGUCUCACGAUUGCUACCAGCGUGCUAACCCAGGUCGUGGGCUGCGUCAUCUUCCAGAUCCUGUACAAGUUCCUUGCUGGCACUCCCCGAGCCAUGUACACCAAGUGGACAACGCUCAGCGGUAUCAUGUGGGGAAGUCUCUUACCCGUCUACACAACUAUCGCCCUGAUCAGCAUCGUAUACGCUGUCAUCGCCCCCAUUACGCUCUUCUGGGCGACCAUCGGUCUGGGCCUGUUUUACCUUGCGUACCGUUACAACGUUCUAUUCGUCACUGAGACUACCAUCGACACUCGAGGUCUUAUCUACCCUCGUGCACUGAAGCAGCUCUUUGUCGGUGUCUACAUCGCUGAGGUCUGCAUGGUGGGCAUGUUCAUCGUGUCCAAGGCUGCUGGACCCGCUGUCUUGAUGGCUGCUUUCCUCAUCUUCACCAUUCUGUUCCAGAUCACCAUGUCCCGGGCCCUUGACCCCCUCCUGUACAGCCUGCCCCGAUCCCUUGAAGUUGAGGAGGAGGCUAUUCAGAGAAGCCAGCAGGGCUCUGAACUGGAGGAUGGACAGGCCAACAACGGUGCCGGUCCCAGCAAUGGCGGUGGCAUCACCAACGGAGCUCGCAAGCUCCUCCCUGGUGGAGCAGAUGGUGUGCAGAAGCAGGGCAACUUCUUCGUGAAGUGGCUGAAGCCCUGGCUCUAUGCCGACUAUGCCACGCUGCGCCAACUGGUGCCCCACGAGAACUCACUGGGUCUUGACCGCCAGUACACGGACGAGGUUGAAAGAGAUGCCUACUUCCCUCCAUCGGUGACCAGCGCAACACCCGUGCUCUGGAUUCCCGCCGACCCCGCUGGCGUGUCGAAGCAGGAGGUGUUCAACACAAGCAAGGUGAUCCCCAUCUCGGAUGAGGGUUGCACGCUGGAUGACAAGAACCACAUCGUGUGGGACGCGGAGGAAGCCCGACCUCCGAUCUGGAGCGAGAAGAUUUACUACUAG